UUGUAUUUCUUUCUACUCUAAUUCAAAAUGAGCAAGAUCACCGUCGCCGGAGUCCGCGGAACUGUCCAGGAGCUCUUGGAUUACUCUGAGAACACCAAGAAGCGUAACUUCUUGGAGACUGUCGAGCUCCAGGUCGGCUUGAAGAACUACGAUACCCAGAGAGACAAGCGUUUCUCGGGUACCGUCAAGCUUCCUGCCGUCCCCCGUCCCAACAUGACCAUCUGCGUCUUUGGUGAUGCCCACGACGUCGACCGUGCUAAGCACAUUGGUGUCGACGCCAUGUCUGUUGAGGAUCUUAAGAAGCUCAACAAGAACAAGAAGCUCAUCAAGAAGCUCGCCAAGAAGUACAACGCCUUCAUCGCCUCCGAGGUUCUCAUCAAGCAGGUCCCCCGUCUUCUCGGACCCCAGCUCUCCAAGGCCGGAAAGUUCCCUACCCCCGUCUCGCACUCCGAUGACUUGUACGGAAAGAUCACCGAGGUCCGCUCGACCAUCAAGUUCCAGCUCAAGAAGGUUCUCUGCUUGGCUGUCGCUGUCGGAAACGUUGGCAUGGAGGAGGAUCAGCUCGUGACUAACAUCAUGAUUGCUUCCAACUUCUUGGUCUCUUUGUUGAAGAAGAACUGGCAGAACGUCGGUUCGCUCACCAUCAAGAGCACCAUGGGUCCCAGCUACCGUAUUUACUAAACAAUUCAUUUAUACUCCUUAGUGUUUUGUACAUUGUUAUUGGUUAAUAAAAGUUACGGUCUGUUCUCAUAAUCAUGUAGACUCUUAAACUACAAGAAAACUAUUGCUGCAGUGCAAUCAAAUACUAUAUUGAUCCAAACACAAGACUACAAUAAAUCUCUCCAGUAUGUAUCAAUAACCUAUACAAAUAGAUUCAGAAAAUAUCUCUCGACAUUAAAAAGU